CCUUCGGAGCAUCCUCCGGUUUCCAUGGCAACCGAGCAGCAUCCAUCCUUCCUUCCAUCCAUGCUUCCAUCCAACCAACCUUCCAUUCUUCCAUCCAUCCGUCCGUCCAUCCUUCCAUCCACCCACCCAUCCGUCCAUGUCAUCGGCGGGCCUUCCCAGCCGGGCCUCCCUCCGAUCGUCUGUGUCAGAACCUUAGGAAUGAUAGAGUCCAUGGAAAAAGCCACGGAAAACUUCGCAGUCAGAAAAAUCAUAAAUCAAAACCAAGUAAAUGACCUAAAAGACCUCUUGUUCGUAAAGUUCAGCGGCCUACAUUUAAGGAGCGUGGAAAAUUUACAGUGCUGCCUUUCACUUAAAGUUUGCAUUUUGUCUAACAAUUAUAUUCAAAACAUUGAUGCAUUUGAAUUUUGUUUUCAAUUGGUUAAACUAGAUCUCCAUGGAAAUCAGAUGCAGAGUCUACCAGGCUCCAAAUUUUGGACUAGGCUGAAGAAAUUAAAACUGCUCUAUCUUCAUGAUAAUGGGUUUGGAAGUCUAGAGAGUGUGUCUUCGCUCUCUAGCUGUCCUAAUCUGAUCAUCCUCACGAUGUUUGACACUCCUGUGAGCUUAAAAAAAGCAUACCGACACUUUGUUGUCAAUUGUGUGCAGUCUCUCAAAGUCCUGGAUCAUUAUGUAAUUUCUGACGAAGAAAUAAUCCAAGACUGGCAUCUUCCCGACAAAUACAAAACUUUUAGCCGUCAUCUUUUUCUUGAUUUAUGCCCUGUACUGGGAAAGAAGACAUCCUUUGUGGAGGAAAUGAACGUGAUAACAAAUAUUCUUUCAAAAGUCAAUACAAUCGUGGCUCAAUAUUCUCCAGUGGUAAUUGUUCAAAAAUGGAUUCGGGGAUAUUUAACCAGGAGGAGAUAUAGGAAGAUUUUCCGUCUUAAAAGGAAAUGGCAGAGACAUUACAGCUUCAGUGGAGCAAAACAGAUUUACGUUUUCUACAAACCUACCAUGUAUGAUAAAAGCUUUAUGUAUCAUAUCUUUAAAUCAGCACAGAAAACUGAAAAAGGAAAGAUUACAACUGGGACGCCAAUUGUGCAUGCUGUUGAUCUACAAACACUAUCUGGCUUCCACUCCGCAGGGCACAAAGAAUUGGCUUCCUAUGUUUUAUCAGAAUUAAAAAGAAAAGAGAAGGCAGCACCCAUUAAGGGAGGCCACCGAGUGCAAAAAUAUUAUUUUAAGGAUGAAGAGGACCUCAAUGUGGAAGAAAACCUAGACAUGAACUUCAGGAUUUCCAUUUCUAAAGCACCUGUGUACGAACCACAACCGGAGAAGAAUAUUGGAAUGUUUUACCAACAGCUAAAACAAGAUCACCAACCUGUGAUUUCCCGAUUUGCUCCUAUUCUUCACCACACUCUCAAACAUAAAAUUGACUACGACCAGGUGAGAAAGGAGAAGAGACCUUUUGCUAAGACACAUAGUACUGUUCAACUUGCACCAUUAUAUGCCAUUGACAAAAUCUAUAAGGAGAAAAAUAAAUGUGAAGAAUGGAGGAAAAGAGCCCACAACAUUCAUCAACUCCAAAUGGACAGGAAUGAAAUGAACCAAAAUGUUCGGGAGUUUUUUGAGGAGAAAAAAGGCUAUGUCCAAAAGCGAUAUGAAAAAGAUAAUAAGAAAAUUAAAGAAAGUUUGGAAAAAGUUCAGCUGAGAAGAUCCAAAUUAAUCAAAGAAGCCAGGCAAAGAAUGUCUCAGUUUCUAGAAGAAAAGAGGCAAAAUGCAGCGGAGCGUUUAUUGGCUCAAAGCUUUAGCAAUCAACAUGCCGCUCUGACGAAAGAAUUGUUUAAACUUGACAGAUCGAGGAAGAAAGAGGAUAUUCUGGAAGAAAAAAGCAGCAUUGUUAAGGAAUGCAAAGAACAUCACAAACAUUGGAAAGAGGUGGUUAGAAAAAAGCAGGUAGAGGGACGAGCGCUGAAACAUGCAAAGUUACGUGAAGAAAACUUGGCUGUUAAUAUCUGUGCUUUCCAGAUGGCCAAUGAGAGAAUACUGCAAGCCAAGGCAAAAGUUGCUAUGAUGAGAAAACAAAGUCCACACACAAGUCCUUCUGACCCAAUUCCUACUUUUCCAUUUCUUCCAGAGUAGUCUAUGUAAUAAACUUUCAUUUGUAAGAAACUGUA